UUCUCUUUUUCCCCAAUACGCCUCUGCUGCUCGUCUUCGCCUGCGCUGUCGUUCGUGGUGCAUCGCAAAGUGCCCAUCCGUGGGGCGUGUAAAACACCACCUCACCAGCAGCACGGCCACCAAGAAACAAGCUCUCAACGACGACGGAGACAAAAGAAAACGCCUGACUCUCGCUCUCUCUCUCUCUCUCUCUCUCUCGCCAUGUCGGACCUCAAGCCCGUCAAGGACCUCGACCCCAACGCGUGGUACCACCUCACCGAGGCCCGGGUCGACGACUACGACAAGAAGAAGUUUGGGGGCAUGCUGCAGAUUGACGGCAAGGGCGUCUUUUACGUGUUUGGCGCCGACAAGGGCCAGUAUUUUCAGUUUCAACCCGUCGACAACAAGCCCGGGCGCUACGCCAUCCGCGCCUCCAAGACGGCCAUCAACCGGCAGCUCGGCGUCUGCCGCGUCGAGGCCGAGACCGACUCGGACAAGACGCGCCCCUGCAUGCUCGCCCCGGACGGCAGCGACGUCCAGAAGUGGGACGUGGCCAGCUGGGGAGGAGGAGGGGGGGACGGCAACAACAACAACAACAACAAGAACAGCAACAGCACGUACCGCCUCGUCAACGUCGCCAACGGCACCGGCUACCACCUCGACGUCCACCCGGGCUCCGCCGUCUUCCUCAGCUCAAACAUCGACACGGCCGUCUACCAGCCCGCCCAGCACUGGCUCAUGACCAGCGCCAAGCCCGUCAACGACGGCGCCUACAGCACCGUCUUCUCCGACGUCCCCGCCUCAACAACCACCUCCUCCCAUCCCGGCUCCUCCUCCUCCUCCUCCUCCGGCGGCCUCUCCUCCGGCGCAGCAGCCGGCAUCGGCGUCGGCGUCGCCCUCGCCGUCAUCGCCGCCGCCCUCCUCGCCUUCUUCCUCUGGCGCCACCGCCGCCGUCGCCAGCGCCUCGCCUCCUCCUCCUCCUCCGCCGCCGCAGAGCUCGGCGACAAUAAGCACGGCAUCACCACCAACACCAACACCACCGCCGGCAACGGCAGCGGCAGCUAUCGCGACCACCCGGACGGCAGCAGCCCCGAAAAGACCACCCCCGUCCCGCCCUACUCGCAUGCCCAGUCCCCCCCGCCGCCGCAGGAGCUGCCGCACCACCCGGCCCCCGUCGAGGCGCCCGCCGACGAGCGUUUCGAGCUCGACUCAACACAGCAGCAGAGCGACCGUCGGUGACCAUAAAAGACUAACAGGUGCAACGACGAAUGACACGGCCCCGCCUUUGGUGUCAACCCUCAAAAGGGGAUGUAUUCUUCCACGGUAGAAUGAUAAAGGGACAUUGUAAAGCUCGCGCAUCGGAUACACAAAGACUUGGGGGCAUCGCUUGGCGUUCCGGUUCGCAUUCACGUCGGGGUCAAUUCUCAG